CUUUUUGUUUCUUUUUUCUUUUUUCUGCUGCCGUUUCAAUUUUGGGACUUUGUUAAAGUUUCAGAUUGGAACGAGACUGGGCUGUAGUCAGAUUUUGAAGCUGCGGAGAAAACAAUUUUGCAGUGAUUUCACCGCUUUAGUUGCAAAUGUGAUGAGAGAUUUAAGUAUUUUCUCUUAGGAUUGGUUUUAGGAGAAUGAUGUUCAAUAUGUAAGCUCGCUAUAAACAUUUUGGAAAAGAAAGUAAAAGGUGCCAUAGGAAUUUUAAGGAGGAAAGAGAAAGGAAAAGAUGGGAAUUUUAAGGAUUGAUUUAAAUAUUUGUGUUCUUCUCCUAUUUGCCCCUUGGUUAUUGCUUUGUAUUUGUUGGGGAUGGGUGUUUUCUCCCAAGAGGCUCACUUGGUUGUCAAUGAGGAUAGCGUGAUGCUUGUAUAGUCCAUUUGUUUUCUUUCUCAUGCGAACUUAGAUAAUUCUAUAAAGUUUGAAUAGAUGUAGUUAAUGGGCUUUGAUUUAUAGUGUUUGUGAAUCAUUAGUAAUCCAGUGGCAUUCCUCUAUUCAUCUUCCCUGGGGAUUUCUCAUAUGGGGUGUGCCAAAUAUCAUGUCAAUGUAUACAUCUGAAGUGGAAUUGUGAAUUUAUGAUUAAUUAGCAAACGCUUUUAGUUGAUACUUACUGUAUUGAGUUGAUUCUUGACCUGUUCCUCCUAGUCACAAGAAAAAGCGAGCCAAGCAAGUGAAGAAAUUGAUGCAAAGGGGAUUGCUAGAUCCAGAGAAAGUUGACCCCUUUUCCCUAUUCGUUGAAACUGGCGGAAUCACGUAUUGCUUGUACAAAGAUUCUGAAAGGAUUUUGGGAAAUACAUUUGGCAUGUGCAUAUUACAGGAUUUUGAGGCUUUGACACCAAACCUUCUAGCUAGGACCAUAGAGACAGUUGAAGGUGGAGGACUGAUUGUGUUGCUGCUCCGCUCUCUGUCUUCUCUUACCAGUCUCUACACGAUGGUUAUGGAUGUCCAUGAAAGGUUCCGUACUGAGUCUCAUUCACAGGCCACUGGUCGAUUCAAUGAACGCUUCUUACUUUCAAUUGCUUCGAACAGAGCAUGCGUUGUCAUGGAUGAUGAAUUAAAUAUCUUACCUAUUUCUUCACACAUGAAGUCAAUAGCCCCAGUGCAAGUACAAGAGGACUCUGAAGGGCUCUCAGAGGCAGAAAGGAAGUUGAAGAGUCUUAAAGAAGAAUUGAGUGGUGAUUUUCCCGUUGGUCCUCUAAUCAAGAAGUGCUGUACACUGGAUCAAGGAAAGGCUGUUAUUACAUUUCUUGAUUCAGUACUGGACAAGACACUUCAAAGCACAGUUGCUUUGAUUGCCGCUCGUGGUCGUGGAAAGUCUGCCGCCCUCGGUCUGGCAAUUGCAGGAGCUGUUGCCGCAGGGUAUUCCAAUAUUUUUGUGACCGCACCAAGUCCUGAUAAUUUGAAAACCCUUUUUCAGUUUGUAUGUAAAGGUUUCGAGGCCCUCGAUUAUAAGGAGCAUUUAGAUUAUGACGUAGUCAAAAGCACAAUUCCUGAAUACAAAAAAGCAACUGUGCGGAUUAAUAUCUACAAACAGCAUCGACAAACAAUUCAGUAUAUACAUCCGCAUGAGCAUGAAAAGCUUUCCCAGGUCGAGUUGCUGGUGGUUGACGAAGCAGCUGCUAUUCCACUGCCAGUUGUUAAAUCUUUGCUUGGUCCAUACCUUGUUUUCCUUUCAUCUACUGUGAAUGGUUAUGAAGGUACUGGGCGUUCUCUAUCAUUAAAGCUGCUGCAGCAGCUAGAGGAUCAAAGUCAUCCAUCUUCUAAAAAUGUCGAGGGUGCUCUUUCAGGCCGCCUUUUCAAAAAGGUAGAACUAAGCGAAUCUAUCAGAUAUGCUUCCGGUGAUCCAAUCGAAUCAUGGCUUCAUGCUUUACUAUGUUUGGAUGCAACAAACUCCGUCCCCAGUAUCAAUAGGUUGCCCCCACCAAAUGAGUGUGAUCUUUACUAUGUUAAUCGAGAUACACUUUUUUCCUACCAUAAAGACAGCGAAUUAUUUUUGCAGAGAAUGAUGGCACUAUAUGUUGCUUCUCACUAUAAGAAUUCUCCUAAUGAUCUACAACUAAUGGCAGAUGCCCCAGCUCACCACUUGUUUGUGCUACUUGGUCCUGUUGAUGAGUCAAAAAAUCGCCUUCCUGACAUUCUAUGUGUUAUCCAGGUGGCACUUGAAGGUCAAAUUUCUCGUAAAUCUGCUAUUAAAAGUCUCAGUGAUGGUAAUCAGCCAUCUGGUGACCAGAUACCAUGGAAAUUUUGUCAGCAGUUUCAAGAUACGGUUUUCCCGAGCCUUUCAGGGAUUCGGAUUGUUCGCAUUGCAACUCAUCCAAGUGCAAUGAGGCUUGGAUAUGGAUCUGCUGCAGUUGAACUUUUAACAAGGUACUUUGAGGGACAAAUGACUCCAAUUUCUGAAGUGGAUGUGGAAGAUGACCUUGAAGUUCCGCAAGUCAGGGUUACCGAGGCUGCCGAGAAGGCCUCUUUGCUAGAAGAAAAUAUAAAACCUAGGGUGGAUCUGCCGCCUCUGCUUGUGCAUCUUCGUGAUCGAAGGCCUGAGAAGCUUCAUUAUAUUGGUGUGUCUUUUGGUCUCACCCAGGAUCUUUUUCGAUUCUGGAGGAAACAUAAAUUUGGUCCAUUCUACAUUGGACAUAUUCCAAGUAGUGUAACUGGUGAGCACACAUGUAUGGUCCUGAGGCCAUUGAAUAAUGAUGACAUAGAAGCAGCUGGAUCAGAUGAUUGGGGCUUUUUUGGCCCCUUUUACCAAGAUUACAGGCGGAGGUUCACCGAACUUCUGGGUUAUAGCUUCCAUUCUAUGGAGUACAAGCUUGCCAUGAGCAUCUUAGAUCCAAGAGUUAACUUCAAUGAUGAUGACCCUUCUUCAAAUGAUUAUUUGAAAUCAACUAGUGAAAUUGUUACGCCACAUGAUAUGAAGAGGUUGGAAGCUUAUACAAAUAAUCUUGCUGAUUUUCAUAUGAUUCUAGAUAUUGUUCCAAAACUUGCUCGUCUAUAUUACCUGGAGAAGCUUCCUGUUACAUUAUCGUAUGCCCAGGCGUCUGUUUUGCUCUGCAUGGGUUUGCAGAGAAAGGACAUAUCUGCAAUCGAGGGAGAGAUGAAAUUGGAAAGGCAGCAGAUAUUAUCUUUGUUCAUAAAAGUAAUGAAGAAGUUCUAUAAAUUUCUAUAUAAUGUUGCUUCUAAGGACAUUGAGUCCACCUUACCUCGUCUGAAGGAAAUUCCGUUGGAGCCUCAUAGUAUAACAGUGGAGGAAGAUCUUGAGGAAGGCGCAAGGAAAGUUCAGGUUUGCAGAUUUCCUUAAACUUUACAUCAUACGUGUCUUUUUUGAGAACACCUUUUCUGAUAUGAGAGGUUGUAUCUAGGAGGAAAUGAAUGCCAAGGCUGGUGGCUUGUUAGAUCCGGAGCGCCUUCAGCAGUAUGCCAUUGUCGACAGAGAAGCUGAUCUCGAGCAAGCAUUGCGGAGUAGUGGUGGGAAGGUGCGACCUGGUGGUUUGAUUAGUGUUAAGUCCAACAGAGACAAGAAUACCAAACAUGGCAAGAAGAAUGAGGACCAAACGAGUGGGAAGAAAAGAAUUAAGGAAGAUCGUGGAUCGAAAUCAAACAAGAAGAGAAAGGCUUGAUCGAAAUUAAAUAGCAUCCAUUCUUUUUUUAUUUUCUAUUUCCUUCUGUUGCAUUUUUCCUCUUUCUCCCUGGUAAUUUUUACUUUUCGGGCACAUCACUGUCUUGUCAUUUUGUAGCAUUACUUGAUUAUGUUAUUAUCAUUAUUUUUUAAGGCAACAUCUAAAGUGCCUUUGGCCAUUUUUACGGAAUCGUCCCGUUCAACCAAUCAAAAUUGAG